AUGCCCCACAAUCGACCUUUAACAAUUCUCCUUGCCCCUCUCAUUGCCUACCUUCAAUCCUGUCCUCUGACAACAAACAUCAAUCUCGAUUCUGGUCUUCCGCUCACACCCCAUUCCCUGGACACUUGGGAUAGACUACACGCUCCGGAUCGUCUCCCACAAGACUUGAGAUCAUUCUUAAUGGUUAGCGAUGGAAUGAAAUUGACGUGGGAGGUCAGAACAAAGGCAGCAAAAGUUAUCUGCGUGGGCCACAGUGGAGUAAAUCAAUUGACCGAGAUGAAAGUGUACUGUAUUGGUGACGCCCGAGGGUACUGCAUAUGGGAAGGUGGCGAGAGUGGAAGGGUGCUCAUGAUUCUGACUAGCACUAAAGAAUGUGAGAGAGGAAUAUGGUGCGUGAAAGAUGAGAAAAGAAGAUAUUUAGCCAAGGACUUUGCCGGGUAUUUUCGAUCUUUGUGCUUUUGUGCUGGGGUAUCGGGUUUUUGGUUGGCUGAUGAUGAUGAGGAUGUGAUGAGCGCUGUUGUAAGAGACUGGGUGAGGUUUUAUGGGUUGAAGCGACGUAGUGUGGUAACGUGCGACGAGGAAAAUGAGGGAGAUGUGGAUAUUGCAUUUGAUUCUGGCAAGGUCUUGAAAUUGACUGGACAAAUGAGCAAAAAGAGAUGA